AUGUCAAAAACAAUAUAUGAUGUCAAAGUGAAUGGUGCAGAUGUGGGUUUUAAUUACUAAUAAUGAAAUGAAUUCACAAUUUGAAUAUCAGUUGUGUUUAUAAACAAUUUAUGUUCUACUGAUUUGCACUUUUACGAUAUCUUUUGGAGAAUUUGUAUUUAUUCGCAGACAUUUUGUAUCUUAAAAUCUUCUAAAAUGUCAGCUAAACAAUGCAUAUUUAAAUUGAAUAAACCCAAUCAACAAGAAGAGUCUCUAAUAUCUCCUUGCUUUCAAAUUUCUAAGAAUGUUGAGCUGAAGGAAAUACCAACGACAGGUGAAGAGUACCUGUUAAAGGUAAUGAAUGAGAGACGGAACCAUGCCACAAUUACAAGGUGUAACGUAGACUGUUCAAAAUUUUCUCGGAAUCAAUCACGAUUUGUCACCCAGGUCCCUCAUGUGAAAGCACCCGACAAUUUAAAACCAACUAUAGAAUGGCAAAAUGUACAAGUUGCAGAUUUUUCAGAAAGCCGCAUGUAUAUCUCGCGCUUGUUAGCCAAGAAGACACAAUGGCCGAAGGAUGUUACAAACAUUUCAUUGGACCAGAAUAGUAGUAAAGAAUGGAUAGAAUUGUUUGAAACUCGAGAACCUACAUUGUCAUGUAUUCUUGGUCUAAAUCAUACCAUUUUAGAUAAUGGCUUGGAGAUAUUAAUUGAAUCUUUGAAUAAUGUCAAACCUGGGGAUACUAUCCCUUAUAAAACAGGCCAAUGGAUAUAUGCAAUACUAGCAUGCACAAGACAACCUCUGCUCUCAGACACAGUGAGCAUAUUAAGGAAUUUAGCAAGAAAAUGUUCUGAAAUAAGAUCUCGCCUCAAUCCUGAAAAAGAUACUUCAAAGGAAUAUGCCACCCCAUUAAAUGUUUUUAUUUGUUUAGUAGCUAGAUAUUUCCGACAGUAUGACUUGGCGGACUGACCUUUGAUUUUGUUAAUUUAAUAUGUUCAUACAAUUGUUCAAAUAGUAUUUUUAAUAUAAAAUUUUGUACUGACAUAGCAAUAAAAACUAAUGACACUUUUAAUUAUUUUCCAUUAAAAUUUGCCUUGAUAUUCUCUAUGAUUAAUUUGUUAAAUACUUUUCAUGAAUGAAUGUAUAUUUCAUCAUCAAACAUUUCUUGAAAUGUGUACAGUAAAGUGAAGGAAUAUUACUUUGGUAAAUGGCUAAUGUAAUAAAAUUUUUCAAAGAAUAAAAAAAGGAGCAAAAGAUUUAGAAAUUAAAAACU